UACCAUAAUGCUAACCUGAAUUUGAAUGUUUUUAAGGUCAUAAGUCGCAUUUAAAGCAUGCAAAAACAAAUAAAAUACGUGUUUUUUAUAAUGCUGGUGUGACAUCUGUACUGCUUUUUUAUAGAGCCUGUUUAUUGAUUUUGAGUAGUCGAAAGAUGACAUUAAUGCUUGCAAGCUUUGUUUAGUUGGACAAAAUCGAGAAUAAAAUACAUUUCUGAAUUUUUGCGGUUGUAAACGUUUUUCAAUAAUUUUUUGACGAGGACUUAUGCGAGCAAAAUGAACAAAUUUAUAAUAGUAAUUGUUACAGGAUUAAAUCUUGUUUUCCAUAAUCAGUUUGCAGCAGCUGGAUUUGCAAGUUUUCAAGAACUGGAAACAAUUUUGUUACAGGCUACAUUGAAUGAAUAUGCCAGCAGACCUCACUCUUCCGACUCCGACGGUGCUGUGAAAGUAGGCGUUCGGGCGGUAUUUACCGAUGUACAGCCAAUACAACGAGAGAGUAUCGACGUCAUUGUUCAUAUUCAAUCAAUAUGGGAUGACGCACGUCUAAAAUACAAUGUUACGUCGGGAACACCGGCAAGAAAGAACGAAACGUUGAUAUACGCUCUUCAUGAGAAAAUCUGGAAGCCAGACCUUUACCUUGAACCCGAAUGGACAUUAAAUAACGAUGCUGAGAAAAUGAAUAUAAGAAUUGUAACUAAUGGACAGGUCGGCAAGAAUAAAAGGUUCAGAGCCACGAUUCCUUGCACGACCAGCUUUGUUGGUAUUGAACAUACAGAUUUCAUCUGCACAACAAGAGUUAUGUCCUAUUCCUACUUUGAUAAUGAGGUGAAGUUGUACUGGGUUGCUGAUGAGCCACUGCAAUUGAAGUAUGGAGCAAUAGACGCGGAAUCAGAAAUAACUAGGGGAGAAAAUGAUACUUGUCACUGGGAUACAUUUAAUGAAAUGAGAGCGUCGUGCAUUGAAGUAAAACUGUUUGUCACCAGGCGAUUUCCCUCCAUCUUCUAUCGUUUAUACUUACCAAGUUUCAUGGCAGUAUUCAUGUCAUGGUCCAGCUUCUGGAUCCACCGUGAUGAAGCUUCGGCAAGAAUCAAACUUGGAACCCUUGUUGUGUGGACUGUAAUGACUCAGUACAUUUCUAUCGAAGUUGCCUUUCCGGAUUACCUGAAUAACAUUGCUGGAAAUGUAUGGAUGUCUGGGUGCAUGUUUUUCACAUGGGCUUCGUUUAUACUCUACGUCAUUAUUCACGUGGUACGCAGACGAGAAAAGACUAAAGCGAGACACGAUGAAGAAAGGGAAAAGGAAAGAGAGAAAGAAGCAAAAAGAACCGGGGAGAGAGCUCUUUCAAUAUCCGCCCUCCAUCCGGAUGCGCGGCUUGCAAGUGGAGGGUUGAAAGGAUAUUCUGUAUGGGAUAACAGAAAUAAGUUCAAAGUAACGAAGAUAUACAUUUCUUCGUUCACAUUAGAACGCUGGUGUAGAAUCUGGUUUGGAAUUCUCUUCUUCGGGUUUACUAUUUUCUUUCUCGCAUUCUUUGGACAGGAUUUGUUUAUGUGACAAUUGAAGAGAUGCUUCACAUUAUGAUAACAAGAUAUGCAAUGUAGUUCGAUUGCUUUGAAAGAAGUAGAACUACUAAUUACUUAAGAUAGCGCGUACGGUCAGCUGGUUAACUGGUUAACUCGUUAAAGUUCCAUAAGGCAUUUAUUGUUUUAUUAAAAGCAUAUAUGCUGUCUAAAUAGAGACUACACAUAAUUGAUUAGUUAGAAAAACGCUUCUUUCAAGUCAUACAAGAAAUUAUGAUGUCAGGUUCAUAAAGGGAGAUAAUCAAAACAGUGCAUUUUAUGAAAUUUUGUAUUAUAUUAUUCAUAAAGUCAGACCUGAGAAAACAAUUAUCAAACAUUGGAUUUAACAAGAGAAUAAUAUAUUUUAUGUUCAAAAUAAAAACAAAAAACGUG